GAAUGGUCAAGAAUUCUUCAAAUCCAAUCGAGUCUUGACACAUGAAUAAGAAAAAGAACCUUUCUUUCCCUAUAAAUUUCUGCUACCAUCUUUAAAAUUGAACCAAACCAAGAAAACAAUUCUCUCUCGUAAACAGGAAUAAAAAGCAUGUCAAAGUUUAGCGCACUUUUCAUUGUAGCCAUUCUUCUGUGCUUCAGUCUCAAAUCUGCAGCUCGCCCUGAUUCCACUUUGAUGAAAGCACAAUUCAAAGAUGCAAGAGAUGAUAAAGUUGAAAAUGAUGAAGGAAUUUGUGAAGGAGUAGAGGAAGAGGAUUGCUUGAAGAGGAGGACAAUGGAGGCUCAUAUUGACUAUAUUUAUACUCAGAGUCAAGGUCAUCCAUGAUUCAAAGCUUAUGGGCUUCACUUUCCUUUAGUGAUUGUAUGACCAGCCGCUGAUUAUAGAGGGUGUUUGGCUAAGAUUUUAAGCUGGUCAAACUAGCUUAUAAGCACUUUUCGGCUUAUCUACGUGUUUGAUAAAGUUAAAAGUGCUUAUAAACCAAGUGCUUAUAAGUCAAAAAUAAGCAAAAAGCCAUAAGCUGGUAACCCCCAACUUAUAAAUUUUUAGCUUAUAAGCACUUUAAGUUUGACCAAGAUUUUUACUAUUUUAUCCUUAAAAUAUUGCUUUUUAGAAUA